AAGAAGCGACUGCGACGAAAUACGAGAACGGUCGUUAGAAAUUUCUAGUCACUGCACCUUUCCAAGUUCCCGAGGAUGGCGGGCGCUUUCUUCAAGCGCUUUAUUCCUCCAGGGAAGAAAGACCCGGUUUCUCCCCAGACUUCAAAUCAAUCGCGCAAACGAAAAUCAGACGGCGAUGGCUCCGCCAGCCUUGCAUCGGCGUCGAACCCGGCGAAGAAGCAGAAAAGCGAAGACUCUGAGCAUACGAGCCACUCCAGUUCAGGUGGUCCGGAAGUCUCAAAAGGACGUCAAAAUGCCAACGUGGAAGUUGACGAUGGUCUUCAAGAAACAGAGACCAGGAAAGAAAGUGUUACUGCGGCGAAUGACAGGAAAGCGAAAUCUAACGACAAGCAAGCGAGGAAGAAGAAGAAUCGACGAACCUCCGGAGAAGGUGAUGCAGGUGAUGCAGGUGAUGGAGAAGAUGAGGAUGCUGAGGCUUUGACAGGAGAAAAUGAAACGCAGUCUACUGCUGAGGGAACUAGAGAUGGCAAAAAGGAAAAGAAACGGAAAAGAAAGUCAGAACAGCAGCCCGAAGAACCAGAGGAGGAUAUGCCAGCAGCACUUUCCAAGCAUUCCAAGAUCUUGUCCAAAUUCACAAAGUCUACCGUCAAAACGAAGCGCAAAUUGGAAGAAGCACAACCUGAAGACCAUGAAUCUGCGGAUCAACCAAAAGUAGAGCCAGUGGUUGCGCAUGGCCUUGAACCACUUCCACAGCCAGCGCCAGCUCCAGAAGUUGUCGAAAAGCCGACAUACUCAUCACUUCCUUCAUGGCUUGCAAGGCCGUUGAGGGAGUCUGCCGACUAUCGCGCCCCGUUUUCUGAGCUUGGCAUCGACCCAAGAUUGCUGCGUACACUGAACGACAAUGGGUACAAGGAGGCAUUCUCAGUUCAAUCGACCGUUAUUCCAUUACUUCUUCCUGGUGCGCGAAACCAUCCUGGAGACCUCUGCAUAUCUGCUGCGACCGGGUCCGGAAAGACUUUGGCUUACGUCCUGCCACUUGUGACUGCGCUGGAGCCAACGCCUGCUCCCCGCCUACGAGGCCUUAUUGUGGUCCCCACUAGAGAACUUGUGAGACAGGCUCGUGAAACCGCAGAGCUAUGUGCAACUGGAACAGGACUGCGUAUUGGAACGGCGGUGGGAAGCGCGGCACUCAAGGACGAACAGCGGACAUUGAUGCGGAUAGAUCCGAUAUACAGUCCUCAGGCUUUCAAAUCCCAACAAGAGGCGAGGUUGACUGGCAGUGACUGGAUGCAGUUCAAUCUUCAGGAUUACAUUUCGGAGGCAGAUGAACUACAGGAAUCGUUGCCAGGGUACAUUCAAAAGCAGGAGCCUAAUGUCGACAUCCUCAUCUGCACCCCUGGCCGUCUUGUCGAUCAUAUACGAUUCACGAAAGGAUUCAGCCUACAGCAUAUUCAGUGGCUUGUUAUUGAUGAGGCCGAUAGACUUCUCAAUGAGAGUUUCCAGGAAUGGGUGGAUGUUGUUAUGGGGGCAUUGGAUGCUAAAGAAGCACCGUCAGCUAAGGGGCCAGCCGACCGGCUACUUUCAGAUCUUGGUCUUUCUUUACAAAAAGAAGCCCCCAGAAAGGUCAUUUUGAGUGCUACCAUGACUAGGGAUGUCUCAAAACUUAAUUCCUUGCGGCUUGUCAAGCCCAAGCUCGUCAUUAUCGGCAAAGAGACGGCCGAGGGCAACGUCGACAACGGAACAGAUGCCGACGCCAGCUUUACUCUACCGCCCACGCUCAAGGAAUACAGUGUCUCCGUUGGAGAUGGCUCUGAGAAGCCACUGUACCUUCUUCGCUUGUUGCUCUCUCACAUCAAGGUGGACCUCCAGAGUUCCAGUCCUAAGAAGCGAAGCGUGUCGCCAGAUUCCUCCUCCUCUAUAUCUGAAUCCAGCUCUGAUUCCGACUCAGACUCAGACUCAGAUGAUUCGAGCUCCGAAGAUGAUACCUCGUCGGAAUCAGACAGCUCAUCUUCGGAUGAAUCGGACACUGAUUCUGAUUCCGACUCUGACUCUGACUCCGAAUCCGACUCUGGGUCAGAUUCCGACUCGGAGUCUUCAUCAUCGUCAGACGAAUCAUCAGCUUCUGAUGAUUCAGAUCCUGAGUCAGAUUCACCCUCCCGUAAGCCGACACGUACCAACGUACUCAUCUUCACCAAGUCUUCCGAAUCUGCGACUCGACUUGCGCGUCUGCUCUCGCUACUGCAUCCCUCUCUGGCCCCUCGCAUUGGCACCAUCGUCAAGUCAAACAAGUCGUCCGCAUCCCGCAAGACUCUUAGCGCCUACAACAAAGGCAAGAUCUCCAUCAUCGUUGCUACGGAUCGUGCUUCCCGUGGUCUCGACUUACGAUCACUCACCCAUGUGGUCAACUACGAUGUGCCGUCCAGUGUGACUACCUACGUGCACCGUGUAGGUCGGACAGCGAGAGCCGGUAACGAAGGAUCGGCCUGGACGCUGGUUGCACACAGAGAAGGCCGAUGGUUCUCGACCGAGAUCGCAAAGGGAUCAGAAGGAAAGAUAACGCGGUCAUCGAACGUCGAAAAAGUGAGCGCCAAGCUUGACGAUGCCGAGUCCAUCAGAUCGAAGUAUGCAGCUGCCCUAGAUGAGCUAGAGAAGGAAGUUAAGACGGAUGGUCGAAAAGGGUCCACGAGGAAGGCAAAACAGUGAUGAUACAUAGCGCUUGGUGGAUCAUGUCCAAAAUGCAUUUCCAUAAUCACAUAAUUUUCUGUUUACAAUGCAUAAAAUUCGCGGGAAAGGUGUUAUUUAUUUAUUUAUUUCUGCAUAUAUCUAUCGGGCUACUUGUGUGGCUUUCAUCUAGAGUUUCAAUGAUGGAUCUAUAGCCCUGGCAUA